UUUAAGGACUUAACCGAGUUGGGAAUUAGCUGCAACCUCCAACAUGCCGUCCAAGCCUGCCCCAAUCAAGAAGGCGGCUAAGAAAGAACCAGCCAAGAAGGAGGAGAAGGCUCCGGAGCCGGCUCCUGAACCAGCUCCUGAACCCGCUCCAGAGGCCGCACCGGCUGAAGCCGCCCCAGCUGAAGCCGCCCCGGCCCCCGCAGAGGGCGAAGCUGCACCUGCUGAGGCGGCCCCUGCCGAGGGAGAGGCCCCGCCAGCUGAGGAGCCCAAACCCCCCACGCCUCCACCCGCAGACGCUGAAGCUGCUGAAGCGCCUGCACCAGAGGAGCCUAAGCCACCCACACCUCCACCACCUCCACCCAAAGAGCCCACAAGCGCUCCACUGGAUCUGUUUGUUGAGGAUAAGAAUGACACUUCCGUUACUAUCAUCUGGAGCCAGCCAGAGGUCGUUGGACCAUCCGGCCUGGAUGGAUACACCAUCGAAGUCUGCAAGGAUGGAACUGAGGACUGGAAAGCAGUCAAUGAGGAUCUGCAGAAGUCCUGCCGCUACAUCAUCAAGAACCAGACCACCGGUGACCGCCUGAAGAUCCGCGUGGUGGCUGUGAAUGCUGGCGGCCGCAGCCCCCCAGUCGCCCUCCCCGAGGCUGUCCUGGUGAAGGAGGUUGCUGAUCGUCCCAAGGUUCGCUUGCCUCGUUUCCUGAGGCAGAGGUACGUCGCUUACGUCGGAGACAAGAUCAACCUGACCAUCCCCUUCACCGGCAAACCCAAACCUGUGGUCACCUGGACAAAGAAUGGUCAGCCCCUGGACACAAAGAGGGUGAACAUCCGCAGCACCGACAGGGACAGCAUCCUGUUCAUCCGUGCCUCCGAGAGAGACGACUCCGGAGUGUACGAGAUGUGCGUGAAGGUGGAGGACUUCGAGGACAAGUCUUCACUCACCCUUCAGAUUGUUGAGCUGCCGGGGCCUCCUGCCAGCGUAAAGAUUGUGGAUACCUGGGGCUUCAAUGUUGCUCUGGAGUGGACUGCACCCAAAGACAGCGGAAACACAGACAUCACAGGUUACACAAUCCAGAAGGCCGACAAAAAGACUGGAGACUGGUUCACUGUGUUGGAGCAUUACCAUAGACUGAAUGCCACCAUCUCUGACCUCAUCAUGGGCAACACCUACAAGUUCAGAGUGUUUUCUGAGAACAAGUGUGGAAUGAGCGAGGACGCUUGUAUCGCAAAGGAGGAGGCCAAGAUCCUGAAGACAGGUAUUGACUACAAGCCUCCUGAGUACAAGGAGCACGACUUCAGCGAGCCACCCAAGUUCACCACUUCUCUGUCUGACAGAGCCACCACCGUCGGCUACAGCACCAAGCUUCUGUGCUCCGUCAGGGGAUCCCCAAAACCCAAGGUUCAAUGGAUGAAGAACCAGAUGAUUAUCGGCGACGACCCCAAGUACAGGCAGAUCUGCGUUCAGGGUAUCUGCUCCCUGGAGAUCCGUAGGCCUGGUAACUUUGACGGAGGUGUGUACUCCUGCAAAGCCAUGAACGAUCACGGAGAAGCAACUGUUAGCUGCAAGCUGGAGGUCAAACAGCCGGUGGUUGCAGAUGCAGACAAGAAAUAGGUCAACAUUCACUUUCUCACAGGAGCAGAUGGAAUGAGACCUUUGCAGCAUAAGGAAGGUGCUGGAUUCCUGAAAGAACAUGUAUAUAUGGCUGGUGACCACACUGCCAAAGGGCUGCUGCCUGUGGCCUCUUGCCGAGUGUUACCCUGUCUUAUGAUGAACAAUUGUUGUCAUGUUACGCCUUCAUCAUUCACUCCAUCAUAUUAAGUCCACAUCCUUGUCCACAAUCAGCUUUUUCCCCAACGAUACUGUCUAUGGUAACUAAAUGAUCAGAUUUCAAACACUGUUCCUCCCUGGUUUUAUCAUCUUGUCAGUGCAACAAGGUGUACACCAAGAACUACAUCUAACAUCUACGUGUUUAUAUCAAUAAAUAAUUUAAUUUCUG